GAGGAGAUGCGUCAGACGGUAGCUCCAGCAGAGCCCGUGCAGUACUACUUCACUCUGGCCCAGCAGCCUGGAGCUGUGCAGGUACAGGGCGCACAACAGGCCCAGCAGCCCGGCGCACAAACAGCCACGACCAUCCAGCCUGGACAGAUCAUCAUCGCCCAGCCACAGCAAGGACAGAUGCUGCAAGGUGCCACCAUGCAGCAGUUACAGCAAGUGCAGGUGCAGUCACAGGGCACACCCAUCACGAGUGCGCCCGUGGCCAUGCAGGUGAGUGAGGGCCAGCAGGUACAGAUUGUCCAAGCCCAGGGUCAAGCACAGGCAGCUCAAGCCCAAGGCCAGACCAUGCAGGUCAUGCAGCAGAUCAUCACCAACACAGGAGAGAUCCAGCAAAUCCCAGUGCAACUAAACACAGGCCAGCUACAAUACAUCCGUCUAGCCCAGCCUGUCUCCGGAGCACAAGUGGUCCAAGGACAGAUUCAGACUCUUGCCAACACCCAGCAGAUCACACAGGCAGACGUGCAGCAAGGACAGCAGCAGUUCAACCAGUUUACUGACGGACAGCAGUUGUAUCAGAUUCAGCAGGUGACGAUGCCAGCGGGACAGGAGCUGACCCAACCGAUGUUCAUACAGUCCACCAACCAGACAGCUGACGCACAGGUCACGCAGGUCAGCACCGAAUGAGCUCAACCAGGAACCUUUUCUCCACACACACCACAUGCAUACCAGCCCAUGUGACGCCGACAGAUGCCACCAACUUCGACAAUGGACGCUUGAUAACCUUGAUUUUAUUUUUUGUAAUAAAUUUAGUACACUGGAUUUAAAAAAAAAAAAAACAAAAAAAACCCCAAAGGGACACUGAUUGACUCAUAUGUUAACUUUCAUCCAUACUUAGACAACUUUUGUACACACAUCUGUAGAGAAAAUAUUCAUCCACUGCCACAGUCCCUAUACACAGACCAACUGAAUUCUUUUUCAUGUCCAAGUUUAAAAGAUUUUGAAAACAUGAAAAAACAGUGUGCUUUAUUCCUGGCGCCUCUCCAUUUGGAAAUGAAUGAACUGAAAGUGGAAAUGUCCGUCUCUUUCUACAUGACCUGGCAUGUCUGCAGUUAAAGGAAGCCAUGGGAUUCCUCACCUCCUGCUUUCCUUCUGGGAAAACAUGAAUCAUACCCUCUUUUGUUGUUUUUCAACUAGUUGAUUGAUAAAGUGAAGCCAUAUACCUCAGAUAUCACUUUUUACAGCAGGUCAAUCCAAUGGAUCUCAAGAAGAGGUUGUAAGGUUAAAUGAUAAAUUUCAUGUAGUAUCUUGUUUCCCACAUUGACGAUGAAGCGUGACUUUAUGUUGAAAGGGCUUCAAACUGUAUAGGUUCAUUGUGUGUGUGUGCUUGUAUUUCAAGCACCCUCAUCACUGUCAUCUUUACUCUUCCAUUUUGUUUCUUCAUUCACUCUUUCUUCACCCCUCUGUCUUUAGAGCAGGGAAUCUCCUCUCUGCUUCUAUGCAGUUUCACACAGCCCUCUCUGCCCGGGUGGUUUUGGAGUCUUGUGCCCUGGUUUAAGUCUCAUGUACAAACUCAUGACUCUGUCUGGAGAAAAACAAACACCCUUUUUAUAGAACUCUCAUUUUCCCCCCAAUUCAAGUGUUUUUCUUUAGGUUUUGAGAUGAUGUUUGGCCUCAUAUCUUCCCCAUCAUUUUUGUACAGUAAUGAUUAUUAUCAAUGUUAUUAUUGUUUUUGCAUGUAGUUCAAACUGCCAGCAUGACAUGCAAUAGAUAGGUACAAUUUUAUUUUUAACGUUCCUUUUUGUAAACAAACUUUGUUUGUGAGAAAAAAUAAAAACCAUAACUUGUGUAAGA